AACAACGGCGCUCUCUCUCUUUUCCUCUCGUUUUCUCCUUUCUAUUUAUGGUUUUUGUUUGGCAUUGGAAAAUACAUACACCGAAGCAUAGAAAAUUAGAAAUCUUAAAAUAAAGAUAGGAAUCAACAGUUUGCUGCAAAUUACUCUUUGCUUUCUUCCUUCUGGUUGUGGCCUAGCUGCGGGGUUUGAUAUAAAGAUCAGCCGACCAAGACUUCUAAUCGAAAGGGACGUGCCCAGGGUUCGUUUCUGUUCUUCCCAAUGGAGGUGGUCAGAGGGUUGCACUCGCAGCAAUUACUGUUUGAUAUGCAGUAUUGAUCAGUGGAGGAGUGUUUGAUGCUGAAUGAGUUGGAGAUGGAUUCAUGGUUGUUUGGGACGUAUCUUGAGCAGCGUCAAGUCUCUCGCGGUUGAGGUUAAGAUCUGAGAUGAGAGUUGAACAUUGAAUUGCAAUUGGGGUUUCUUCUCUACAGUGGUGUUUUUUUGCAGGACAUGAAAAUUGAGGGCUGGGAGUUGGAAGUAAAAAUUGCUGAAGGCCUUUCUUGUGCUGUCUAACUUCGUUAUUAGCUGGGGCGAGGGACGGGUGGAUUUUUUUAUCUAUAGAUGGACUGAAGAAGUAACGUCCUGGAUCAAUGUUAAAAAGGGUAGCAUCUGGACUGUUGAUUUUCUCGCUCCUUAUAUGUGUGUCUGCAUCGGAUAAUGGAUUUCCCAGAUGUAACUGUGAUGAUGAGGCCAGCCUGUGGACAAUUGAGAGCAUUCUGGAAUGCCAGAGAGUCGGUGACUUCCUGAUUGCUGUGGCCUAUUUUUCCAUCCCAAUAGAACUGCUUUAUUUUAUUAGUUGCUCCAACGUCCCAUUCAAAUGGGUGCUUUUUGAAUUCAUUGCCUUCAUUGUACUAUGUGGAUUGACACAUAUGCUGAAUGGCUGGACUUAUGGUCCCCACUCAUUCCAACUCAUGGUGGCACUUACUGUCUUCAAAAUUCUCACUGCCUUGGUAUCAUGUGCCACUGCCAUCACCCUCAUCACUCUGAUUCCCUUGCUUCUCAAAGUGAAGGUCAGAGAAUUCAUGCUGAAGAAGAAGACUUGGGAUCUCGGGCGAGAGGUCGGUUUUAUAAUGAAACAAAGGGAGGCUGCAAUGCAUGUAAGAAUGCUUACUCAAGAGAUUCGUAAGUCACUUGAUAGGCAUACAAUUCUGGACACCACCCUGGUUGAGCUGUCUAAAACGCUGGGUUUGCAGAAUUGUGCAGUUUGGAUGCCUAAUGAUGGUAAAACAGAAAUGAACCUGACUCGUGAAUUAAAUGGGAGGAAUCUAAAUUUCUCUGUACCUAUUACUGAUCCAGAUGUUGUAGAAAUCAAAGGAAGUGAUGGCGUAAAUAUUCUUAGCCCUGACUCAGCGCUUGCUGCCGCCAGCAGCGGAGUUUCAGGUGGGACAGGACCCGUAGCUGCAAUUCGAAUGCCUAUGCUUCGGGUUUGCAACUUCAAAGGGGGGACACCUGAACUAACUGAGACCUGCUAUGCAAUACUGGUUUUAAUUCUUCCUGGCGGAGAGCCUAGAUCUUGGAGCGAUUAUGAGCUAGAGAUUAUUAAGGUGGUAGCUGAUCAGGUAGCUGUAGCUCUAUCUCAUGCUGCAAUUCUUGAAGAGUCCCAACUUAUGAGAGAGAAGUUGGAGGAGCAAAACCGAGCUUUGCAACAAGCAAAAAGGAAUGCGAUGAUGGCAAGUCAGGCGAGAAACUCAUUUCAGAAGGUCAUGGGCGAUGGAAUGAGAAGGCCAAUGCACUCAAUUUUGGGCUUGCUGUCAAUGAUGGGAGAUGAUAACUUAAAGAGUGAACAAAAACUCAUUGUGGAUGCAAUGCUCAGGAGCAGUAAUGUUCUUUCGAACCUGAUUAAUGAUGCUAUGGAUAUUUCAGCAAAGGAUGACGGAAGGUUUCCUUUGGAGAUGAGAUCUUUUGGCUUACAUGCCUUGAUAAAAGAGGCAGCUUGCCUUGCCAAGUGCAUGUGUGUUUAUAAGGGUUUUGGUUUUACGGUAGAGGUUGACAGGUCUUUGCCCGACAAUGUCUUGGGUGAUGAGAGGAGGGUAUUUCAGGUGAUUUUGCAUAUGGUUGGGAACCUGCUGGAUGGUAACCAUGGGGGAGGGGUUCUUAUACUUCGGGUGAUUGCAGAAAGUGGAAGUCAGGGAAGGAAUGAACAGGAGCGGACAACCUGGAGACCAAGUUCGUCUAGUGGGGAUGUACAUAUUAGAUUUGAGAUAGGGAUCAAAACCAGCAAUUCUGAAUUGGAGAACUCAGUUUCUACAGGACAGCUUGGUGGUAGGAAGCUAGCCAGUAGCAGUGAUAGAGUUGAGGGCAGACUGAGCUUCAGCGUCUGCAAGAGGAUAGUUCAGAUGAUGCAAGGGAAUAUAUGGUUAGUACCAAAUACGCAAGGUUUUCCUCAAAGCAUGGUCCUUCUUCUUCGGUUUCAAUUGCGAUCUUCAAUAGCUAUAUCCAUCGCUGAACCAGGAGAAUCUUCAGAGCGUACAGAUUCUAAUUCUUUGUUCCGAGGCAUGCAUGUCUUGUUGGCCGACAAUGAUGAUGUAAAUAGAGCCGUGACCCAAAAAUUGCUCCAGAAGCUUGGUUGCGUGGUAACUUCUGUUUCUUCAGGCUUUGAGUGCCUCGCUGUCAUUGGACCGGCUGGAUCUUCUAUACAAGUCAUUCUUUUGGAUCUUCAUAUGCCUGAGUUAGAUGGCUUUGAAGUUGCCACUAGGAUUCGCAAGUAUAGAAGCCGAAACUGGCCCGUGAUCGUUGCUUUGACUGCGACUGCAGAUGAUGACCUGUGGGAAAGAUGUGUCCAAACCGGCAUUAAUGGAGUCAUCCGGAAGCCAAUUUUGAUGCAAGGAAUUGCCAGCGAACUAAGGAGAAUCCUGAUGCAGAGAAGCUAGGUCCUGUGCUGUGAGGACAAGCAUAGGCUGUAAGUUAAAAACCGGAAUCAAAAUUGUCAUGUUCAUUCUCAUUCUUGUUAGAGUUAGCACACAUCACUCUGACCCCCACCUCCCCCCGCAUAUUUCAGCGUAGAGAAUGUUACACACACAACUUUUCAUAAGGAAAAUGGUAUACAGAUUUAGUUCCUUUGUUA